AUCUCGACCGGGAAAUGCCAUUCACUUCGAGUUUCGAGCUGAAUAUGACUCGGUGACAGUCAUGCAAAAGUCUGCGUGACCCUCAAUCGCGUGCAGGUUCUAUUCACUCUUUUUACUCGACGCAAUGAUCGAGUCCAGCACACCGAUUGUAGAUCCAUAUUACAACCAGCUAUAAUGGCGGACGUCACGGAGCUGAGAUGCUGGCCAUCCUGUGUCGAUGCUCUGGACUGGUCGCAAGACAACAUUAUUGCGCUAGCUUCUGACGAGCGCGUCGAACUUUUGUUUCCAAAUACUGUGUCUUACGAACGAGACAACGACGUUCCACAGUGGCAGCACGUUCCACUCCAAGUGCCCUGGUUCUCUAAUGACGAACUGCCACUCAAGAACCCCGCGCCAUUGUCAAACUUCUCAAUCGGCGAGGAGAUAUCGCCGAGUGUGCCGAUUGCAAUAUCCUGGUCACCGCCAGGUCUUGCAAAGCAUCGACGAUGUGCUCUCGCCGUACUCACAUCGAACCUGGUGCUUUCCAUAUGGUCAGCCGAAGGCAAGCUUAACGAAGAGUCGAGUUGGAACCGGAGGCUAUUGAUCAACAAUGCGCUCACAGAGUACUUCUCCAAGAACACGACUGCACAGACCAGCUCUAUCUCCGUAAGUGCUGAGGAGCAGUUGCGACUGCGGAGUCGCGUACGAGCGAUGGCAUGGGCGCCGUCCUUGCCUAGCGGAUGCAACACGAUGGGCACGCAAGUUUCAUAUGAGCGGCAGUAUCUUGCCGUCUCAAAUGACGAUAAUCAAGUAGUCUUCAUGGUCGUAGAUUCACCAACAUCUACCCUUGGCUCAUCACGCACCUGGAAGGCCGAAGUUUUAGCAGACGCAUCCCUCAUACCAGAUCAGGCGACUACGUUCACAGACCCCGAGCUAUUUGAGGAUAUGGUGCAGCAGCAGAGGUUCAUACCGCACGUAGCCUGGAGCCCUUGGAUCAGGCAAGAUGAUCAAUACCGAUCUGUGGUUAUCUACGCGACCAACGAAGAUGUAAGAGCACGACCUGUCAUCUGCAGUGACGGGAACAUCUCGCUUAGCGAUGAAGUCGCAUAUCCAGGAAUGAACCUCCGAUACAGUGGACCCCUUUCCUGGUGCCCACAACCUGAUUGUAGCGAUCAGCUCACGCUAGCUUUGUUCACGCACUCAGGCCUGGUCUAUGCGACUAUCUCUGCUAAGGAUGCAUCGAUUGUGAAUACGAUCUCGCACGAUCUUGACGGACGCUGGGAUCAGGUGUCGGGUGUGGCCUGGGACUGCGACACACACUUUCCACCACGGUUGCAUUUUAGCUCAUUACUCUCGACUAUACAGUCCCCGACCGCCGUGCUACAGAAGACACAUGGCGCAUUGGAGCGUGGCAAAGCUCCCAACUGGAAAGAGAAGAUCGAAAACAGUAUGGUCUUGUUCAGUGUCAAGAACGACUUGAAAGGACAUAGCAAGACGAAGGUGUGGGGCCUGACAGCUUCUCCAUUGGGAGAUUUCAUUGCUGCAUGCAAUAGCUUACACCCCUCCGACUCAAUCGAGUACGGGCCCCCAGCUGAUCGGCGCGGGACCAUUGCACUCAGCACUCUCAAACAGUACAGUAAGAUUCGCGAAAGUUUCCCAACACGGAAUACGACUGCGGAAAAUCUACUCUUUACCUUGAAGAAGCUAGUGGAGAAUACUGUCGAAGACGCGGACCAAAUGCCUGCAUUCGCAGAAGAAGCAGUGGAGAAGAUGAUGCAGGCCUACGGACCUGUUGACAGCUCAGGCCGCACUUUAGGCGCUGUUGAUGUGAACAACUUGGAAAGUAUUGUCAAGGAGCUUAAGACGAUUGCAGUAUUCGACGAGAACACACUGAAAGAUCGCUACAGCACCUUAGUGUCGUAUGCUUGUAACGACACAUCCUCAAAUGAGUUGUCAAGGACUCUCAUCACAUAUCGACUGGCGACAGUAUUGCAGAAGCUGCCCCCAGCGUUGGCACAUACGCCAUUCAGCAAAGAGAUCAUUGCGCAUCAAAAGCGUCUGACAGCGUUGAUCGAUAGUCUACUGUUCCCGAAUGAAGCAGAGGACGAGACCAUAGACGGAACUGUAGAAGUACCGAUUGACCAAACCGGGACAGCUACGUCGAAUGAGACAAACGCAAGCGCUAUGGACAUCGGUAUAUCAUCAUCGAAUUCGGCGCGCACACCCGAUGCGGCAACAGAUCUGUGCGACUUCUGCUCAGCGCCAAUACCCUUCACCGACCUCACAAUGGCUGCUUGCACCAACGGACAUGAGUUUCCACGCUGUGGUAUCAGCCUGUUGGCCAUUCAAGCUCCUGGUAUCACAAAGUAUUGCGGCAUUUGCAGCACACCAUUUCUAAGCGAAGAGUUCGCGCAGGCACAGGAGGCUGGCGAACUGGAGGCAGAAUCCCCAGUGAGCCUCUCGAGUGUGAUGUUUCAGGCCUGCGAUGUGUGCGUUUAUUGUGGUGGGAAGUUUAUUGGCUGAGAAGAAGUACGACGCGUCUUCGGCCAACACGGUAGGAAAUCUGCAAUGCCUAAAAUUAUCAAAUUCACUCAGUAUUUUCGAGGUAUCUGAC